AUGAUAUACGAUAGGUCUCAGGAUUCAGAAAUUUCUCAUUCCAGUUUAUUCGACAGUUCUUCUUCUACGUUGGGUAUUUCAGAGAAAAUUGAGCUACAAGACUUUAACUUACAUGAUUGUUUACCUGAAGCAGAUAAUACCGACAAACGUGAGAUAUCCCUUUCCCCCAGUCUAAGUCUACGAGAUUAUGAAAACACUGUGAAUUCUUCAUUAAUGGGACAGUUCUCAAACUCAAAUGAUGGAUUUCACCCGGAGGAAGAGGCAAUUGGUAGUUUUAGCCUGAGGACUAGAACUAAAAACUUUGCUAAAUAUGUUUGGAAAAUGUUUUUUAUUUCAAUUUUAUUGCAAUUAUUCUUAACAUACUCUUAUACAAUGUUUGUUCCUCAGUUUUCUCUUCAAUUUAGAGAUGAUUCGCCUGAAGCUAGAAGAUUAUUGUCAAGUAUUUCAGAAGGAUUAAAAAUGAUAUCUUACCUCGCUAAGGAUUUGAGUGUUACCCUAAACGAUAAUAACAAUAUCUUGAAUGAUAUAAACUACAUUGACACUAUAGACACAUUUUCAAACAAUUACAUUUAUAAGUUCAAUGCUAUCCAAUACUGCAGGUAUAGCACAGCCAACGCUACUACAGAAUGCGUCUCCACCAAUGGAUUAGAUAUCUUUACUAGUUUAGUAACAGAUAUUGGUCUCCAGUUAGGCAAUGUAUCCAAAGCUGAAGAUCCUAGCAAACUUGCCAAUUCAUUAGUGACUACUUAUUCUAAUUUAGUUGACUCGCUUGACGAAAUGAAUAACAGUAAAAAAAACCGCACAUUCGCAUUAGCAGAAAUAGAUUUAACUACUAUUAAAAUUGCUCACAGUCUUAAAAAGUCCCAAAACUAUGGGAAAACGAUGUCAUUAUUAUCGUCUCCUGUUAAUUUCAUGCAUCCUAUAGUAUGGAUGACACUCGGUUUAUCAUGUUUCACAUUGUCUGGUACAAGUAAAUUCUCGACCUUCAAUCAAAGAAACUCAUUCUGUUAUUCUAUUAUUAUAAUGGUGUUUUUGGUUAUCUGCUUUGGUAUCACUUUCUUUAACUGGGCAACCACUGGAUGGUACUUCUAUCGAAUAAGCAGCCAAAUGAAUAAAGUGAACAUUGCUCGAUUAAAUUUUGGUUCAGGAUUCUUUAUUCUGACAUCGUGCGUUUGUCUCUAUGUUGUAUUAUUGUAUCAACUAAGACAAGUAUUACGUAGCAAAAACUAG